UUUGCACGACGUUGAACGUUCAUCAGCGCAUUUACAUUUGAACGAUGCGCGAUACACUUGGAAUAUGGCGGCUUUAAUAGUCGAUGCUCUUGCUUUGCACAUCGACCUCAAACGCGAAGCCGAGAACAGCGAUCCAAGGGUAGGAUCAGCGAGGAAUGGCUCGACCAGCGGUGGGACAUUAUCAAAUGCCACCAAGGGAACUAAUACGUCCUCCAUUCCGGGGCUGUUGGCCACCCUCGUCCCGGUUAUUGUCUACGCGGUUGUGUGUUUGCUGAUAUUCUGGGGCUGCCGAACACGCUACCCUCGUGUCUAUUCCCCCAGGUCGAUUCUCAGCAGUCUGGAGCCUCAUGAACGCCCCAAAAAACUACCAACCGGAUGGUUUAACUGGUUCAAGCCGCUCUUCAAGACCCCGGAUCUGGACGUCUUGCACAAAUCGUCAAUUGAUGGAUUCUUAUUCCUGCGCUUCCUCAGGAUCCUCUGCGUGAUCUGCAUCGUUGGGGCCUGCAUCACGUGGCCAGUUCUUUUCCCGUUGCAUAUUCUGGGCGGCGCAGGUGGGUCUCAGUUGGAUGCAUUGACGUUUGGCAAUGUCAAGAAGCCGUCAUGGUACUUUGUUCACGCAUUUUUGGCGUGGAUCUUCUUUGGGUUCAUCCUGUACAUGAUCUCUCGGGAAUGCGUGUAUUACAUUAACCUGCGGCAAGCGUAUCUUUUAUCGCCAUACUAUGCAAAGCGCCUUUCUUCAAGGACCGUGUUGUUUACCUGCCUCCCUGAGCGAUUUCGCGACGAGGCGAGGCUGAAGAAGCUUUUUGGAGAUUCGGUUAAAAAUGUUUGGAUACCGACUUAUAGCGGCGACCUGGAUGAUUUGGUGAAGGAGAGGAAUCAGACAGCUUUGCGACUAGAGGAUGCCGAGAUUGAACUGAUCCGGUUGGCUAAUGUGGAGCGGAAUAAGGUGAUGAGGAAUGGCAAGUCUGAUAUUGAGGCGAAUACUCCUGCAAGUGAGUUUGAUUCGAAGGGGGAGGAAACUCCGGAGAAAGAUGUGUCCACGCUGCCUUUGAAUUUUGCUGGUGGAGCUACGUCGGCUUUUGAGUUGGCUGAUCGAGCGGCUGUGGCGUCACCUGAGCUGAUAGGGGAGGGGGCGGGUGCGACAGAGUUGACUGUUGGGUCUACGUCUGCUUCUGGUCCGUCGCCUUUGGAAUCGGUGGAUGCAACUCUCGCGUCUCCGGAGUUGACUGGUGGAGCCUCGUCGCCUGCAGGAUUAACCAGUGGUGCGUCGCCUAAGUUGACGCGUGGAGCAAGCAUUGCGUCGGCUUCGGACUUGGCCAAUGUCGCGUUAUCAUCUUCCAAUCUGAACAGUGGAACUGUCGCGUCCCCAUCAGGCCUGACAGAUUCAACCCUGGCAUCCCCUUUAGGCCUCACAGAUGCAACUGUUGUAUCGCCUGCUUCAGAUUUUACCGGAACAACUCUCGUGUCGCCUUCGUCAGCCUCAACCAAUGGAGUAACUAUGGUGAAGAGCAUUACCAAAGACUCAAAGAACGAGACAUCCUCCAUCACCAUAACCCAAAGCCAAACCCCAAACCUGGACUCACCCAACUCCGAUUGGCCAGAGUUGAAAUGGGGCAUCCAACGCGGCAUUCCUAAUGUCAGGGGGUCCGUUGCAGCACAAUGGAUACCCGCCCACUGGCGACCACACCAUCGCCCAUUGGCAAACUAUGGGCGCCGAGUCGACACGAUCAAAUGGACGCGGAACAGGCUGAAAGCGCUGGCGCCUAGGAUAUAUAAAUUGCGACGAAAGCAUCGCAAUGGGGAUGCCAGACGUAUGCCUGCUGCCUUUGUCGAGUUUGAUACCCUCGUAAACGCCCAGAGCGCGUAUCAGACAUUGCCACAUCACCGCCCAUUCCAUAUGACGCCGCAUAUAAACGGGAUCCGACCGGAGGAAAUCGUUUGGUCGACUUUGCGCAUGAAGUGGUGGGAGCGGAUUAUGCGAAGUUUCAUGGCGACAGCAGUGGUCGCGGUUAUGGUGGUGUUCUGGUCCCUUCCAGCAGCGGGGGUUGGAUUGAUAACCAAGAUUGACUUCUUGACGGAGAAUGUUCCUUUCCUCAAAUGGAUUGGAAAAUUGCCGAAACCAAUUCUUGGCCUUAUCACUGGCCUUCUCCCUGCGGUGGCGUUGUCAUUGUUGAUGGCUACUGUGCCGAUGAUUUUGAGAGCUAUCGCGAGACAAUCUGGCGUGCCUUCGCUGUCUAUGAUUGAACUGUUUGUUCUAAAGUCAUAUUUCAUCUUCCAAGUCGUCCAAGUCUUCCUUGUAACGACCCUCACUGCGGCCAUAUCGGCCUCCCUCACGAAAAUACUCGAGGACCCGCUGUCGGUUCGAAAUCUCCUGUCCGAGAGUCUUCCCAAAGCCUCCAACUUUUACGUGUCGUACCUCAUUCUGCAAGGCCUGGCUAUGAGCACAACGAGGAUUGUGCAUCUGCCUUCGCUUCAUCGAGCGGUGUUUGCGAACGGAAAGACUCCGAGGAUGAUAUCGACUAGGUGGCACCGUCUGAAGAGGAUCCAUUGGGGAAGUGACUUCCCAUUGUUUGCCAAUAUGGGUGUAAUUGUAAUAAGCUAUUCGUGCAUUGCCCCUAUAAUACUCGCGUUCGGCGCCAUGUGUUUCUACCUCGUCCACAAGGUGUAUCACUACAACCUGCUGUACGUCUACUCGUCGGAAGUCGAUACGCGUGGGCUGCUAUAUCCCCACGCCUUGAUGCAGAUUCUCACGGGGGUGUAUCUCGCCGAGAUAUGUCUUAUCGGGCUUUUUGGCAUCCAAGCCGCAUUUGGACCGCUUCUGAUGAUGCUCAUGCUUGCCAUUUUUACCUUUUUGGUUCAGAUAUCUCUGAAUGAUGCGCUAGGGCCGUUGCUGUAUAAUUUACCGCGAUCUCUUUCGGUGCAGGGGCUGUAUGAUGAUCUUGAGGAGGAGGAGGCUCCGAUAAUUGUUGAGGAUCUAGAGACCCAAUACGACUCCGAUUUUGAUCCGGGUGAUCCGAAUGGCGUCACGCAUGAGGAGUUGGGGACGCGUGCAGUUGAGGGAACGAAGGGGUAUUCCAAGGUUGCCCUGCGCUUUUUGUCGUCGUCCAUGCAAGAGAAGCUUUCCGCGAGGGCCGGGUCGGUCUCGUCGUUCUUUCAGAGUAUUGACUUUUGGACUGCUUGGAUCUCCCCGGAUGGUACGAAUCCGAAGCCGAACUUCCUUCUGAAGUGGCUUCAUCCGGAGGUGUUCCACGAUUUUAAUGCGUUGCGGGAGAAUAUUCCGACGGAUCUGCCAGAUCCAGAUUAUACGCCAGAGUUGCUUAGGGAGGCGUAUUUGCAGCCGUCAAUGAAUAAUAUCAACGACACGAUGCUGUGGAUUCCAGCGGAUCCAGCGGGGGUGAGCAAGCAGGAAGUGGAGCACUCGAAGGGGAUAAUAAAAAUUACAGAUCAGUUGAGUUGGUUGGAGGAGAAGAAGAAGGGUUGGCUACAGGCGAAGAAUAGGGGGGUGAAUGUGAAGAUACGGGUUGAUUUUGAUGCAGAGAGUCCUGUGGUAAGAAAGAGGAUGAGAUAUUAAUAGGA